AUGGUUCUAUUUCAGGUGUUUACAGAAGAUGAGUGUAAGAGCUUGUCACUCCUCUGUCAGUGUUACGGAAAGGGGCUGAAGCACGGCGUAUUUUUAGAGUCUCUGGUUUACGAGUGUAUAAAUGGUAGUUCUAUACAUAAGUUGGUGGAGGAGAAGCCAUGGCUCAUGAACGAAGUUGCUAGAGUACGAGAGAAGUUUCUCAAGUACGAUGGCUCCGGAGUACCGUCAGUUGUCCAGACCUUUCAGCGCCAGAGGGAAAAGCGACAGCGAGAGUGUCUCGGCGAUGUGCAUCCGGCCGAGAAACUAUGCUGGGUCAUGCACCUCGGUAGACUCCUGUACCCCGUGGAACAACAGUCCUCACUCGAUCCUUUAAUCAAACCAGAAGAGUCUCUGGAACCCCUGCAUAUUAUGCCGUUACCACAUAGGUCGUUAUUGCACGCGUCUUUAGCUCAUACGCCAUCAUCACACACAUCCCCAAAUCAGGACAUUAAUUACCGGCCUGGGAAACUGAUCAAAGAUAAGUUUGAUGUAUCCAUUGUGAACACCACCGAGACUUAUCUUCAUGCCUUUGUUCAAGCCCUCUCGCAUUUGGCAGAAACUGCGAGCAUACAUGAAAGAUGCAGCUUCAGGAAAAUCGGUAUCCUUAUAGAUUGUCAAGAGAUUAUCUGUAAGGAAUCUUACUCACUUAAAAUGCUAGUAGACGCGAUUUCCCUUCUGGUGGGGGGGCUUUCGCCUUUGUUUCUGGACGAAGUUUGCGUCGUGAAUGUUGAGAAGCUAGGCAUAUUCGGCUGGCGUAUUUUGGAAGCAAUAACCGGUUGCUUUAAGCAUUUUCAUCUGGGUCAGGGUAGCUUACCUCGUGUGCAAAUCGGGCUGUCACCUAACCGAUGUCUUAAGCAGGCGAAGGAUGUAGCCCAGUUGCUGAAAUGUCCAUUGGAUACCGGGUGUUCAAGACAUAGUGUGUGUCGUCAUGGUCUUGAUGCACAACGAAGAAGGAACCGACGCAAGGAAUCUUUGUCAGAUAAGAAGUGCCGUGACGGAUCGGAGUUGUGGAAUACUAAGAGAACCGCAUGCCUUAAAGACCUCCACGAAUUUGACUCUUUUAUGACCAGCAAGUUGAACAAAGGCUCCCUCUUUAUGGUUGUGGGUAAUCGCGCUCUAGGUGGAGGCCUAGGAUGUGAAUACGGCACCAAGCCCAACCACCGACUACAGGACUGGAUGCACCGGAACGGCUUGCACGUGCCUCCGGCGUGUACUUCCGGAGGGCCCGACGUAUGGGAUCACGUAUGGUUCUGCGCGCGGCAGCGAGUGAAAUAUAACAUAGACCAGGACGACGUGCUCAAGUUGGCCCUCGAUGUGGCAGACAUGCAGUGUAGCAAGAAACAACCUUUGAAGGGGUUCGGUGUGUCCGCAGGAUACGACCGGGCCGACAAACCUGGUUUAAUGCCGUAG